AUGGUUUUCGUCGGCGAUGUUGACUCGCGCUGCGGGCGGCGUCACACCUCGGUGGCGCACCUGCGCAUGAGCGUGGUACCUGGAGGCGGGGGGAGGCGCUUCGCUUCGCUUGCUGCUUUUCCAAAUUCCUGGGAACCUGUGCUUUUGAUUCCGCACUGGGAGACGCACGCCCCAGUCUCAAUAGAAUAUGACCACCCUGCCGCAAAUAUCAAGUGUGAGAAGAGAAAGACCGAGUCUGGCGUCAUGCUAGCUCUCGGGGAAAACUCGGUGCUGAACGCACCACUCGUCGAUUGUGACGCGGACAGGGAAAAGGUCAAAAGUCAGAGGUACAAGCUGCUGACGCUGACCAAUGUACCAAUCGUCAUAUGA